CUCAUCCAACCUGAGCCACUCGGCGGUUAUUCAAAAUAGGUUUGUGUUGCCACCUGUCUUCUGUCCCCGAAAAUCAACAGGUGAGCAUUGUUCUACAUACUUUUAAAUAGAACUGGAACUGGAGUUCAUUGAACUCUUUCUAGUAAACGAGGUUAAGGUUAGUGGGGCCUGCACUGCUUUUUGUGUUUAGAUUUGCGUCAUAAAAUUUCCAUAGUAACCAAAGACAUGCGUGUCUAGACACGCUGUCGAGUGCAUUGCAGCAGUCCUUGACAACCGCGGCAUACCGUCAGAAGCUACCAGUUAUCGGAGUACAAGACCAGGGGGAACCAGGUUCGUUGUUUAAUUUUGAUCAACAACGCAACGGUUGUCUCUUUAAAGCGGGUUCUGGUUUCGUUCCGCUUGUUUUACCGGCCAUUUGCCGUGAGGAAGCUAACCAAGCAGGACGUGUACCUCUAUAAGGUUUUUUUUUUGAAACAGUAGAGUGAAGAGAAAAAAAGCAAGAACCAUACACGAUGAGUAAACGAUUGGCUAAACUGCACAAACCGUGCGAUAAGCUGGACAAGUACGACAACGAACCGUACAUGCAGAAUCCACUGCUGAAGCUGUUUCUGUCCGAGGUGAAGGAGCGACGCCAUUACAGCUUCAUUCGGCGAAAAGCGGCCCAGGAAAAAAUAAAAAUCUGCCGAAGUACGACGGUCGACUUUGAGGAUGUGAUUCCGCGGCCCCAGUCCUACUACGAGGAGCAGCUGCGUGAACAUGCGCGCCGCGCUCCGGUUCCGAAGAUGUUAAACCGUACGGAGGAGAAAAUACUGUCCUACGUCCCUAAGCGCCUGCGGGCCCAAUAUCCCACCGUACUGGCGGCUUACAUGACGGACGUGUAUGCCGAGUUCGACAAGGUGAUGAAGGCGUACAGCUGCCAGAAGGUCCUCAAACCGGGCCCAAACGAUUACGUGCCGGAGAGGGAAAAGUUUGAAUUUAAACGCGUCGGUCGAACGGAAAACUUUCGCAACUAUCUCCGCAGCAAGGCGUACAUCCAGAAGAACCUACUGCUACCGAACCCCUUCGUGCGGUGUAUUGUCCACUACGCGUACACAGAUUUGCCGGAAUAUUUGAAUGACUAUGCACGGUAUCGUACCGGCGAGGAAAUCACACUUAACGAGCUGCGUGAUCUGAUCAAGAAGGAUCUGCAAGCCGUUGGCGGGUUAAUCGCUGGCCAGUGGUAUCCGAAGCUUGUGGCAAUCCUGAAGAAGCAUUACGAGCGACGUACCCUUCCCAAGUCCAUGUGGCCGAAGGUGCUGAACUGUGCCGGUGGACUGAUUAACAGGCAGCUGAAUGAGGCUAAAUUGCGCACAAUUCAACAUCUUCGCGAAACGCUGCUCAAUGUGCGUCAAAUACCGCAGAUGAAGAUUCUUGCCAUCUGUGACGAUGGAAUCGACCUAUUUCCGAGCCUUAACGACAUCUACAGUGUGUAUCAGAAUGCGAUCGAUGACGUGAUGGCGGUCGCGAACCGGCUCGACUGUCUCGAAACGUUGGUCGAUCCGAACGGGUUUGAGCCGAAAAGUCCACCGUACCUACGCGUCGGUAUUGCCGAACGAUGUAUCGAAGAGGCCCACGACCAGAUACAGCGGGCAUUGCUGACGGCGUUCCAGCCGCUGGCAGACUAUCUGGCCGCAUUUCAGAACGAAUUUGCGGGACUGCUGUGUUCAUCGACCAAGGACGAGAUGGACGAGUUUUUGUCCGAGCCGAGAUCGUUCGAUGAGUACAUCGAGAAAAUUGAGAUAUUUCAACGGUACAAGGAGAAGAUCCGUGCCAUGGUGCAGAAGGAGUACUUCCCGAUGGCGAUCGUUAAUCAGUCGGAUGCGAUCGGCAGCCUGCGGAAGAUCGUCGAGCGAUACAUCGAUCGCAUUGCGAACCACAUUGCAAUCGAGCAUCGGCGCGAGAUUCAACGCAUCUGCAAGGAGUUUGAGGAGAUUAAGGAAAAGGCGCUGGAGAUUCCAACGUCCACCGAGCAGCUGAUGGCGAAUGGCGAGUACAUGACGCGCGUCAAGACGGAAAUAAUUGAUGAGUUGCGAGAUAAAAUUCAGAUCACAAUGCGGAUCAAUGCUUAUCUGGUGGAGCUGGUAGAACUGCCGGCGGACCAGAUGGAGCUGCAGGUGGAAAGCGUCAACUGGUACUUCCGCAUCCAGUCUGUGUUUGAGAUCAACUCGACCAACUUCGAGCAGUACAAAUUUUCCUUCGAAGAGAAGCUGCAGGAGGUUACGAAGCAGCUGAACGAGAAGAUGGAAGAGAUGAUACCGCACAUCGCCAUCAUCAACGAUAUGACGGAGACGGAGAAAUUCCGGGACUAUAUUGUCGUGCUGCACGGGUACAUUGAUCAGAUAUUUGUGUUCGAAGACUACGUGAAGUGGAUCAACAAGGAGGAGGUGCUGUUUAAAUUCCCAAAGUCUCAGUACGCAGUGCUGGAAGCGAUCAAGUCGUUUGUCGUUCCCUUUUACAAGCUAAUCCGGCUUUGUAUGCGCUGGUUGCGGUACUACAACGUAUGGAUGGAUGGCCCGUUUGAGUAUCUGGAACCGCACUUUGUCGAAUCGAAAACGGACGAGUUUCUGAAGGAGUUUCAAAAAACUCAGAAAUACUACCGAAAUCGCAUCAAGGCGGACAUGUUGGAGAAUACGCUGUGCAAGUUUAAGGGACAAACGGAGGAUCCGGAUCCGGAGAAGCAUCCCUGUCCGCUUAAACUCUGCGCCCGGAUGAGUCAAUCCAUCAAAGACUUUCAUCUGGGCGUGUACGUGGUGAAGAUCAUGUGCAACCCAGCGCUUAAAGAUCGCCACUGGGACGAAAUGUCCGAGAUAGCCGGGUUCGAUCUGACGCCCGACGCGGGAACGACGCUGCGCAAAAUUAUCGACUACAAGCUGGACAAAGAUCUGGACAAGUUCGAGAUCAUCAGCAUCGGAGCGAACAAGGAGCUGGCGCUGCAGCAAAGUUUGCAGGCUAUGAUCGCCGAAUGGGAGGACAUCAUGUUCAAGCUUAACCCGUUCAAAGACACGGGCAUCAACAUUCUGACGGGAUUGGACGAAAUUCAGGCAGUGCUGGAUGAUCACAUCAUGAAAACGCUGGCGAUGCGAGGCUCCGCGUUCGUUAAACCGUGCGAGAAGGAGGUUAAGGAAUGGUAUCAAACACUCACCCGGGUGAAUCGCACUAUCGAGCAGUGGGGUAAGGUGCAGGGCAGCUGGUUGUAUCUGUUGCCCAUCUUCUCGUCCAAAGACAUUGUCGCUCAAAUGCCGAACGAGGGCCGGAUGUUCCAGCAGGUCGACAAAACGUACCGCAUGUACAUGAAGACGGUCGAAUCGAAUCGUUCGGUGAUUGGUGUGGCGGCCGCCAAGGGUGUGCAGGAAGCGAUGGAACAAUCGAACGAGCUGCUGGAAGAGAUCACAAACGGUGUGAACGAGUAUCUGGAGAAGAAGCGACUGUUUUUCCCGCGAUUCUUCUUUCUGUCCAACGACGAAAUGCUGGAGAUACUGUCGGAAACGAAAGAUCCGCUGCGGGUGCAGCCACAUCUAAGCAAAUGCUUCGAAGGUAUCAAUCGGCUGGAGUUUGACGACCGACUGGACAUUCGGUCUAUGUACAGCAUCGAGAAAGAGCAGGUGCAGUUUGUCGAGCCAGUGUCGACGCUGGAAGCAAGGGGCAGCGUAGAGCGAUGGUUGUCCUGGGUGGAGGCGUCCAUGCUGGAAGCGAUUCGGUCCGAAAUCGGUGCAUCGUACCGGGCGUACCCGGCGAAAACGCGUUGCAAGUGGGCGCUCGAUUGGCCCGGCAUGGUGGUGCUGUGCGUGUCCCAGAUCUAUUGGGCCGCCAACAUCCACCAGUGCUUCCGGAAGCGCAACAACACGCUAAUAUUGGACCUGUUCGAUCGCCUGCAGGUGGAGCUGAUGGACGUGGUGGCACUGAUGCGGUCGAAGGACCUUUCCAACCUCGAGCGCAUCACCGUCAAGGCACUGAUCGUGAUCGAUGUGCACGCGAAGGACGUCGUGCAGGAGCUGAUCAGAAAUCGCGUCAGUUCGGAGAAUGAUUUUCAAUGGUUGGCCCAGCUGCGCUACUACUGGGAGGGGGAGGGCGAGGAGGCGGGCGUGACGGUGAAGAUCAUCAACGCGGCGGUACGGUUCGCCUGCGAGUAUCUGGGCAAUUCUGACCGGCUUGUUAUCACUCCGCUGACCGAUCGCUGCUAUCGCACGCUCAUGGGCGCCUACCAGCUUCAUCUGAACGGCGCACCGGAAGGUCCGGCCGGUACCGGCAAGACGGAAACGACGAAAGAUCUCGCCAAAGCGCUGGCCGUCCAGUGCAAAGUGUUCAACUGCUCCGACGGGCUCGACUACAAGGCGAUGGGUAAGUUCUUCAAGGGUCUCGCCUCAUCCGGCGCGUGGGCCUGCUUCGACGAGUUUAACCGGAUCGAGCUGGAGGUACUGUCCGUGGUCGCGCAGCAGAUCCUUUGCAUCGUGCAAGCGGUCCGGGGCGGAGUGCAGCGAUUCAACUUUGAGGGCACGGAGCUAACACUCAACCCGGCAUGCUACGUGUGCAUCACGAUGAAUCCGGGCUAUGCGGGACGGUCCGAGCUGCCGGACAACUUGAAGGUGCUCUUCCGCACCGUAGCCAUGAUGGUGCCGGACUAUGCGAUGAUCGGCGAGAUUUCGCUCUACUCGUUUGGGUUCAUCAAUGCACGGACGCUGGCAGUCAAGAUUGUCACAACGUAUCGGCUGUGUUCGGAGCAGCUCUCGUCCCAGAAUCACUACGACUACGGAAUGCGGGCGGUAAAAACGGUGCUGCAGGCGUGCGGCAAUCUCAAGAAAGCGUUCCCGGACGAUGAUGAAGAGAUCAUCUUGCUGCGCUCCUUGCUGGACGUCAAUCUGCCCAAAUUUCUUGCGAAAGAUAUCCCACUGUUUGAGGGCAUCAUAUCGGACCUGUUUCCCGGUGUCGAGCUGCCUCGAGCAGACUACGCUGCCCUCGAGCGAACCUUCCGUGAGGUGUGCAGUGAGCUGAACCUCCAGCCGAAAGAUACCUUCCUUACGAAAGUGAUUCAAACCUACGAAAUGAUGAUCGUGCGCCACGGGUUCAUGAUGGUUGGAAAGCCGUUUUCGGGAAAGUCGAUGACGCUGCGCGUACUGGCAGCUUGCCUUAGCAAGCUGAAGACUGCCCGCACCGGCAACAAUCCCUACUUCCAGCGCGUGCAGCUCGAAGUGGUUAAUCCGAAGGCGAUUACCAUGGGUCAGCUGUACGGUGCGUUCGAUCCGAUAUCGUACGAGUGGACGGAUGGCAUCGCGUCGACGAUAUUCCGCGGCCAUGCUAUGGACACUAGCCCCGAUCGGAAGUGGCUCGUGUUUGACGGACCGGUUGAUGCUGUUUGGAUCGAAAACAUGAACACCGUGCUGGAUGAUAACAAGAAGCUUUGCCUCACGUCGGGCGAAGUCAUUACGAUGUCCGGCGAUAUGUCGAUGAUUUUUGAGGUGAUGGACCUGGAACAGGCAUCACCGGCCACCGUGUCUCGGUGUGGUAUGAUUUUUAUGGAGCCAUCCGUUAUUGGGUGGGAAUCGUUUGUGGAGUCGUGGAUUGAGCGGUGCAACAAUAGCUGGACGCACGACUGGCACGAUCUGUUGAUGGAACUGUUCCGAUGGCUCAUACCCGAUUGUCUCGAGUUUAUUCGCUGCCAUGGGCACCAGUACCUGCAUCCGGGUGAUAUUAACCUGCUAAUGGCAACGAUGCACAUCUUCGAGAUGAUUAUCGAUGAAGCGUGCCACGAAAGUCCGGACGAGUACGGGAAGUACUUGUUCACCUGGUUCCAGGCCGCCAUGAUGUAUGCCGUUGUGUGGGGAUUGGGUGGAGUGCUGGACAUGGAGUCGAAGGUGAAGUUUGAUGAGUUUUAUCGUGAGAUAUGGAAGGGAACCGACGAGCAACACCCGGUACCGGAGGCGGUCGGGAAGAUUGAUGUUUCAAUGCCGGGUGAGGGUAUGAUCAUCGACUACGUGUACCAUUUCAAGCAGAAGGGAUCCUGGCGCUACUACCCAGAUAUGGUGCGGCAGAUGAAGAACGAGGUUGGCUUUACGCUGCUCGUACCGACGCUCGACUCCGUCCGCUACAUGCACAUUCUGGACAUACACGUCAAGAACAAGAGGCCCUUACUGUUGGUUGGCCCUACCGGAACCGGUAAGACGUACUACAUUCAAAACUACAUGAUGAGCAAAAUGGAUCAGGAAAAGUGUCUACCGACGUUCAUCACCUUCACGACGCAGAUCACUGCGAAUCAAACGCAGGAUUUGAUCAUUUCGAAGCUGGUCAAGAAAAAGCGCGGCAUUUACGGGCCACCGAAUGGCAAGACGUGCGUCCUGUUUAUCGACGACAUGAACAUGCCGGUAAAGGAAGCGUACGGAGCACAGCCACCGAUCGAGCUGAUGCGACAGUACUUUGAUCAGGCCCACUGGUACGAUCUGAAGGACACGUCCAAGGUGUAUCUGAAGAACAUCUUGGUAAUGGCCGCCUGUGGAUUGGUCGGUGGCAGCCGGCAGGAUGUGUAUGAACGCUUCCUCUGCCAUUUUAACAUCUUUGCGAUUAGCAAUUUUAAUGACGAAACGAUGUUUAAGAUCUUUUCCGCCAUCCUGCUGGACGGGUACAAGAAGGGAAACCACGGGUCGGACGUUAUCAACAUGGUAAACAUGAUCGUCAAUGCUACGCUCGAUACGUAUCAGUUUGCGUGCGCGAAACUGCUACCAACUCCGGCUAAAUCCCACUACAUCUUCAACCUACGCGAUGUUCUGCGCGUUAUAAGCGGCUGUGCGAUGCUUAAGCGAGAAUCUGUCGAGAGCAAAAAAAUAUUCCCCAAGCUCUGGUUGCACGAGUCCAUGCGCAUAUUCUACGACCGGCUUGUGAACGAAGCCGACCGGGUGUUUGUGUUCGACAAGCUGCUGCAAAACAUGAAGGCAUUCUUCAAGGAAAAGCCGGAAGCGUUGCUGCCGGAGCUGUUCGACGAGCGGACGGGGCAGGUGCUGAUGAACGGUCUGAAUAAUCUCAUGUUUGGCAGUUACUUCGAUGCCGACGCCGAAAUGGAAGAUCGUAAGUACGAAGAAACGCAAAAUGUGGACCACUUCCGCGAUCUGGCUGGGAAAGCGUUGGUUGAGUUUAACAGUUCGCAAAAGUCGAAGAUGGACAUCGUGCUGUUCCAGUACGCUCUGCAGCAUCUGAACAAGGUGUGCCGCGUGAUCUCGAUGCCGGGUGGAAGUUCGCUGCUGAUCGGUAUGGGCGGAUCCGGUCGUCAAUCGUUAACCAAACUAGCGGCACAGAUAUGCGGCCAGUCACUGUUUCAGCCGGAAAUCACAAAGUUCUACGGUAUCAAUGAGUGGCGCGAGGAUUUGAAGAAGGUUCUGAAGGAAGCGGGAGGUCUGGGGCACGAUACAGUGUUCCUGCUAACGGAGGCGCAGCUUCAGGAAGAAGCAUUCCUGCAGGACAUUGAUUGUUUGCUGAACUUGGGCGAAGUUCCAAACAUCUUCGCCAUCGACGAGAAGCAGGAAAUUCUGGAGCUGGUGCGUUUGGCGGCGCAAGGUGGUAACCGGAACCUUGACAUCUCCCCGCUGGAGGUGUUCCAGUUCUUCGUGAAUCGCUGCAAACAGAAGCUACACAUCGUGAUCUGCUUCAGCCCCAUCGGAGGAGCACUACGGACGCGAAUUCGUAUGUAUCCUUCCCUGGUGAACUGCUGCACGAUCGAUUGGUUUGACGCGUGGCCGGAGGAUGCGUUGGAAAAGGUGGCCGAUAAGUACAUGAAAGAGCUGAACGUAUCAGCGGAGGUGAAAAAGUCGAUCGUUGUGCUGUGCAAACAUUUCCACGUCAUUGCACGUGACGUGUCGGCACUGUUCACAACGGAGACCGGCCGGAUAACUUACAUUACCUCCGCAUCGUACCUGGAGUUGAUCAAAUCGUUCCGCAAUCUCACUCAAAAGCACCAGACGGACAUUAUGAACAACAAGCUCCGCUAUCUCGGUGGUUUGGACCGGCUCAGUGCGGCUGCCGAUGCCGUUUCGAAGAUGCAAACUGAGCUGAACGCACUGCAACCGACACUGAUCGUAAUGGCGGAAAACUCGCGCAAGAUGACGGAAGAAAUUGAAAAGGAAUCGCUCGAAGCUACUGCCGCUACUGAGCAGGUUAAAAAGGAUGAAGUUGUAGCGAACGUACAGGCAGCCGAAGCACAGGUGUUGAAAGCGGACUGUGAGAAAGAUUUGGCCGGUGCUAUACCGAUCCUGGAGGAAGCGAUCCAAGCGCUCAACACCCUCAAACCGACCGAUAUUACGCUGGUGAAAUCGAUGAAAAACCCGCCGGAGGUGGUUAAGCUCGUAAUGGCGGCCGUGUGCGUGAUGAAGGGCAUCGCACCGGACAAGGUGGCCGAUCCGGCCACGGGCAAAAAGAUGCUCGACUACUGGGGACCGAGCAAGCGACUGCUGGGUGAUCUAGCUUUUCUGCAAACGCUGAAGGACUUCGACAAGGACAACAUCAAUCCGGAUACGAUGCGAAAGAUUCGCAAGGAUUUCAUACCGCACAAAGACUUUCAGCCGCACAUCGUGGCUAAAGCUUCCAGUGCGGCCGAAGGUUUGUGCAAGUGGAUCAUCGCGAUGGAUCUGUACGAUGCGGUGGCCAAAAUCGUCGCACCGAAGAAGGAAAAGCUGAAGCAGGCCGAGAAAGAGUACGCCGAAACGAUGGCAAUCCUCAACGAGAAGCGCCUGUUGGCCGCAAAUCUUGAGCGCCGAGUAGCGGAACUGAACGACAAUCUGGAGAUCGCCAACAGGAAGAAGCAGGAGGUGGAGGACGAGGUGCAGCUGUGCAAGGAUAAGCUACAGCGGGCAGAAACGCUAAUCGGUGGCCUGGGCGGCGAAAAGACACGCUGGAUUGCAUCGGCCGAGAAUCUGCAGCGGCUGUACGACAGUCUAGCGGGCGACAUACUGGUGUCGAGCGGGGUCAUCGCCUAUCUGGCCCCGUUGACGGCGUCGUACAGGAAUCGGUGCAUCGGCGAAUGGCACGAACUGUGCGUCGCCAACAGCAUUCCCUGCUCGCCCGAGUACAGCCUGAUGGAAAUUCUCGGAUCGAAAAUCAAGAUCCAAAACUGGAACAUUGCCGGACUGCCGACGGAUGCGUUCUCCACGGAGAACGCCAUCAUCAUGGAUUGUUCCUCACGGUACAGCUUGUUUAUCGACCCGCAGCUGCAGGCUAACAAGUGGAUCCGCAACAUGGAGCGCAACAAUCAUCUGGUGGUGGUGAAGUUUUCCCAAUCGGACUACAUGAAGAAGAUUGAGGCCUGCAUCGAACAGGGCUAUCCGGUGCUGGUGGAGAAUGUGUUUGAGGAACUGGAGGCACCGCUCGAUCCACUGCUCAACCGAAACACCUACGUGCAGGGAGGCGUAGAAUACAUAUCGCUCGGUGAAAAUGUGAUUCCCCUUUCUCCGAAAUUCCGCCUGUAUCUCACAUCGAGCCUCCGUAAUCCGCACUAUCUGCCGGAGGUGUACAACAAGGUGACGGUGAUCAAUUUCGCCCUAACGAUCCAAGGGCUGGAAGAUCAGCUGUUGGGAAUUGUAGUGGCGAAGGAACGGCCCGAUUUGCAAGAGCUGCGCCAAAGCUUAAUACUGCAGGGUGCCAAAAAUGUGGCCAUGCUGAAGGACGUGGAAGAUAAGAUCCUGAAGACACUGUCAGAGUGCAAGGGAGACAUCCUGGAGGAUGAAAGCGCCAUCAAGAUUCUGGACGAUUCGAAGCGCAUUUCGAGUGACAUCGUCAAGAAGCAGGAAGAUUCGCGCGAGAUCGAGCAGAAGAUUGAAGCCUUCCGGCAGAGCUAUCGCCCCGUAGCGGUACAUUCGUCAACGCUCUACUACUGCAUCACCGAGCUUCCCAACGUGGAUCCGAUGUAUCAGUUUUCGCUGGCAUGGUUCGUCAAUCUGUACGUCUAUUCGAUAGAAAAUGCGAACCGUACGAAGGAACUGUAUCGACGGUUAAAGUACCUGAUGGAUGCCGUGACACUCAACCUUUACAACAAUGUCUGCCGUUCACUGUUCGAGAAGGAUAAGCUGCUGUUUUCCUUCAUCCUCACGACAAAGAUUAUGAUCUCGUGCAAUCAGAUCGAUCAGCAAGAGUUCAAGUAUCUGCUGAGUGGCGGUGAAAAGGCGGACAUAAAGCUGCCAAACCCUGACGAGAGUUGGAUUACCGCGAAACUAUGGGAGGACGUUUGUCGUCUCGAGCAGCUGCCCGAUUUCACCGGCUUCGUGGCAAGCUUUGCGGCCAAUCAGGCCCAUUGGCGAGCGUACUACGAUGCGGAGGAGCCUCAGCUAAUCAAACUACCCGCACCGUGGGACGAAAAGACCAAUCGCUUUGAGAAGCUGAUCGUGUUGAAAACGGUACGGCCAGACAAGUUUGUGCUGGCUAUCACGGAGUUUGUGGCAUCGGAAAUGGGCCCACCGUACGUUGCACCGCCACCGUUCGAUAUAGCACGAUCAUUCGAAGAUUCCAACUGCCUAACGCCGCUGAUCUUCAUUCUCUCGCCGGGCGCGGACCCGAUGAAUGCACUGUUGCUGUACGCCGAGAAGAUGGGUUUCGACGAGACGUUCCAAUCGAUUUCGCUCGGGCAAGGCCAGGGCCCGAUAGCACAGCGCAUCAUCGAGCGGGCACAGGACGAAGGGAGCUGGGUGUGUUUGCAGAAUUGCCAUCUGGCCGCUUCCUGGAUGCCGACCCUGGAGUAUCUGUGGGAAAACAUGGAUCACUACAACACAACGACCACUUUCCGGCUGUGGCUCACGAGCUAUCCGUCCGAGCAGUUUCCCGCCAGCAUCCUGCAGAACGGUAUCAAGAUGACGAACGAACCACCGACCGGAUUGCAGCAGAAUCUGCUUCGUUCCUACCAUUCCGAACCGAUGAACGACGACACGUUCUACACCGGCUGUCCGGGGAAGGAUCGUGCCUUUUCGAAGCUACUGUUUGGCGUGUGUUUCUUCCACGCGGUGGUACAGGAACGGCGCAAGUUUGGCCCACUAGGGUGGAACAUUUCGUACGGGUUCAACGAGUCGGACUUUCAAAUUUCCGUACUGCAGCUGCAGCUGUUUAUCAACCAGUACGAAGAGAUCCCGUACGAAGCGAUUACCUAUUUGACCGGAGAAUGCAACUAUGGGGGACGCGUUACGGAUGCGUGGGAUCGCCGUGCGAUCGUCACCAUUCUUGAGGACUAUGUCAACGAUAAGGUGGUUAGCGAUCCCAACUAUCGUCUUUCGGCGUUGGGCGAUUGUUACGGUAUUCCGCUGCGAAAUGAGCAUCGCGAAUAUUUGGCCCACAUCGCCAACAACAUUCCAAACUUUCCGAGCCCGCUCGUGUACGGGUUGCAUCCGAACGCGGGCAUAACGCGAGAUCUGACCGCAUCUCGCAUCCUGAUCGAUUCCAUGAUCCUUACGCAAGGAGGCACCGCCGGGGGAAGUGACACGGAGGUAGAGAAGCAAGUGCUGGGUACGGUCGAUGAGAUUUACGCCCUGCUUCCGGAUGACUUCAAUAUCGAGGCAGCUAAACGGCGCUAUCCCGUAGAUUAUAGUGAGUCGAUGAACACGGUGCUCGUACAGGAGAUGGAACGCUUCAAUGCGUUACUGCGGGAAAUCCGUUCAAGUUGCGUUAACCUGAAGAAGGGUAUUGCCGGUUUGAUAGCACUAACGCCCCAGCUUGAGGCUGUGUUUACGGCUAUACAGCAUCGCCGCAUACCAGCGUCCUGGAUGAAGAAAUCGUACCCCAGUCUGAAGCCGGUCGGUGCGUAUGUGGUGGAUUUCCGCGAGCGACUCAACUUCCUGCACCGGUGGUACGCGGAGGGUAAGCCGAACGUGUUCUGGCUGUCGGGAUUCUACUUUACCCAGGCAUUCCUGACGGCUGCUAUGCAAAAUUACGCCCGCCGCCAUCGCAUCCCGAUCGAUAUGCUGACGUACGAUUUCAAUGUGCUGACGCUGCAGAGUACUGACAAGACGCCCGAGGAUGGGGUGUACGUGAACGGGUUGUUCCUGGAGGGUGCGCGUUGGGAUGUUGCCAAGAGUUGUCUGGAGGAGCAGCUGCCCAAGAUGCUGGUCGACACGAUGCCCAUCAUUCAUCUGUUUCCCAUAAAAAUAGUCGAGCUGCAGGAAGGAUCGCGCUACAAAUGCCCCGUCUACAAGACGGCCGAACGAAAGGGCACACUCUCGACCACGGGCCACUCAACCAACUACGUACUGCCGGUGCUGCUCGGUACAACGCUUCCCGCCAAUCUUUGGGUCAAACGGAGUGUCGCAUUGCUCUGCCAAACGUCGGACUAGUUGCACCGUUGGCGAAAAAUUGUUUAAGUGAUUGUAGAUUUUCAGUAACAACGUACAAGUGUAGGGGGCGGACCGUUUUUUAUGGUGUGUCGCACCAUCAAUUAGCGAAAGCGUUUGUGAAAGUGUGAAUGCACAUAUUUUAAGAUCGUUUUUUAUGCAAAACUUGACCCACUCCGGUAGAGAGCGCACUGAUCGACGAUGAUGACGGUUAGACGGUAUGGUUUAUUUUAAUACCAGCAGGGCAGCCCACUUCAGUACAAGCCCCCAACAAAACCGGGGUGGCCGAUAAGCUCUCGUUUCUUUUUUUCUUCUCCAUUCAAAAUUCACCGGUGAGCUUCUGUCUGUUGAUGCCACCAUGUGUGGUAAAAGUGUACCGGUGCCACUGAUAACCAGCUCUGUAUGAAGUGCCUAGGGUAACUCCAACUGCAACCAUUCAUCUAACUAAGCGAACCUUGUUAAGGCUGUUCGGUUCACCCGCCCAU